AUGGAACAAUUCGAGUUCCACCCCGCAGCCUCCGCCCCCGGCCGCACUUGGACCGAGCUAGAACCCGGCGUCGACGAGAUGCUCCUCAACGCCGACCCGGCCACCGGCCGCCGCACGACCCUCCAGCGCUGGCGCCCCGGCGCCGCCAACCGCCAGCCCCUCUUCGUCCACGACUAUGUCGAGGAGAUCUACCUCGCGCAGGGCGACCUCUUCGACGUCCGCCUGGGCGAGGGCUGGACCGAGGGCGCCUACGCAUACCGCAAGCCCGGCAUGGAACACGGCCCUUUCCGGAGCGAGGGCGGUUGUCUGAUGUUUAUCUUGUGCAUACCUGUCGCUGCAGACGGCAAGGAGAAACAGGCCUGA